AUAUACUGUAUUUUGAUUUUAUUCAUCUUCUUAUUAUAUUUUAUACAUUAUAUAAAAACACUUCAACACUUCACUGCAUGACGAAUUCAUCUGCCUCUGUGCUGUAAAGUUCAGAUUUCAGAGGAAAUAAGUGAGUGUGUCUUGAUUGUGUGUGUGAGUGUGAGUGCGCGUGCGUGAGAGCGAGUGAGAAUGUGAGUGUGUGUGUGUGUGCGCGAGUGAGAAUGUGAGUGUGUGUGUGUGCGCGCGCGAGUGAGAAUGUGAGUGUGUGUGUGUGUGCGUGCGCGAGUGAAAAUGUGAGUGUGUGUGAGUGAAUGUGUGUAAUCAUUCACAUGAACAGCAGUGAGUGAAGAGUUAUCAUGUUUAUAUUUUAGCUCACUCACAGAAGAGGAGCUUUAUUUCUUAUCAGACUAUGCAGCUGAAAACAAGAGGCCUCACAUCAUCCUGCGGAUUUCCUGCUUUGAGUGACAGGAAAAGAGCGUCCUUGUUGGACUGAAGUCCAGCUUUGGACCGCUAGACGGCGGUACUGCUGAGUAGCCGGUUAAGUGCAAGAGCAACAUCUGGCGGUGGAAUACAUCAUGACAGGUGCCGAAAUCUGGGAAGGAGUAGGGAUGAGCUGUCGUGGAGUCCUCGCCGCUGCCGUCCGCCAACGGACGGAGUCGUCGCUGCCGGCCGCUGGGAGUUGGAGGAACCACUGCCGUCUGCCAGGGGAGGAGCGGCUGUUGUCCGCCAGAGGACGGAGGAGUGGCUGAGGACCAGGCGACGGUGUGUCCGGGGACCGGCGAGCGAGUUUUUCUCUCUCUCUCCUCUCUCUCUGUCCCUCUCCUUCGCUCUUUCCCUCUCCCCUCUCCCUCCCCUCGUUUCUCCCAGGGCUCCAGAGAGGCGGGGAAGACCUGCCGGCAGAAGGAUGGCCGGAAGUACGUCACGCCGGAGGUUUCUCCGACCUGAAUCAGGUGGUGGAGGAGUGUGACGAGGAGGAGGGCAUGGCCGGGCUGUGAGGACAUACGCCUGGUGCUGAAUUGUCCUAAUCAGCCGGGAGGGAGAUAAAGAUGAGCCGGAGGCACCAGUUUGAGAGAGAGAGACAGAGAGAGAAAAACACGUGGCCGCUGUGUGUCCCCGGGUGUGUGGUUGUUGUGGAGCGUUGAGGCCACGCUACAAGAGGCUUGUGGACAAUAUCUUUCCAGAAGACCCAGAGGAUGGAUUGGUGAAGGCUAACAUGGAGAAGCUGACAUUCUACGCCCUGUCGGCUCCAGAAAAGUUGGAUCGGAUCGGGGCGUACCUGUCUGAGAGACUGUCACGUGAUGUGGCUAGACACAGAUAUGGGUAUGUGUGUAUUGCGAUGGAAGCCCUCGACCAGCUGUUAAUGGCGUGCCACUGUCAGAGCAUCAACCUGUUCGUGGAGAGUUUCCUCAAGAUGGUGCGAAAACUCCUGGAGGCUGAUAAACCCAAUUUGCAAAUCCUGGGAACCAACUCGUUUGUGAAGUUUGCCAACAUCGAGGAGGACACCCCCUCAUAUCAUCGCAGUUACGAUUUCUUUGUGUCACGCUUUAGUGAGAUGUGCCAUUCCAGCUAUGAAGACCCUGACAUCCGCACCAAAAUCCGAAUGGCUGGCAUCAAAGGUCUUCAGGGAGUAGUGAGGAAGACCGUGAAUGAUGAGUUGCAAGCAAACAUCUGGGAACCUCAGCACAUGGACAAGAUUGUUCCCUCCCUGCUCUUCAAUCUGCAGUCUGGAGAAGGCACAGAAAGUCGCUCUCCUUCCCCGCUGCAGGCCAGUGAGAAGGAGAAGGAAAGCCCUGCCGAGCUGACUGAACGCUGCUUUCGGGAACUGCUGGGACGAGCUGCCUAUGGCAACAUCAAGAACGCUGUCACCCCUGUGCUUAUGCAUCUUGAUAAUCACUCACUGUGGGAAGGCAAAACAUUUGCAGUGCGUUGCUUUAAGAUUAUCAUGUACUCCAUUCAGUCCCAGCAUUCUCAUCUGGUCAUCCAGCAGCUCUUGGGCCAUUUAGAUGCCAACAGUAAGAGCUCAGCCACAGUGCGUGCUGGAAUAGUGGAGGUCCUUCUGGAGGCGGCUGCCAUUGCUGCCAGUGGCUCUGUUGGCCCCACAGUGCUGGAGGUGUUCAACACACUGCUGAGGCAUCUGAGACUCAGUGUGGACUAUGAGCUGACGGGAUCCUACGACUGCAACAACAUCGGUAAUAAGAUCAUCAAGGAGCAUGAGGAGAGGCAGCUGCAGGAGGCCGUCAUCAGGACUAUCGGCUCAUUUGCGAAUACCUUACCCACAUACCAGUGCUCUGAGGUGAUGCUUUUCAUCAUGGGGAAGAUCCCUAUUCCAGGCCUGCAUCCCACACUGCCUUCUACAGGCUCAGGGACUGAGGGAAAUCGCAUGAUCCAAGUCAUGCUGCUAAAGUCCUUGAGACAGGUCACAUGUGGUUUCCAGACCACUAACAUGCUGACGGCUCUGCCCAAUUCCUUCCUGGACCCACUGCUGUCGUUUGCUCUGCUGGAGGAUGCUGAAAUUCGCCUGCUGGUGCUGGAAAUUCUGGUCAGCCUCAUCGAUCGUCAUGACAACCUCCCCAAGUUCUCCACCAUCAGUAUAAUCUCUGAUAUCUCUGUGCUUAAACUCAAAGUGGACAAGUGCUCACGUCAAGACAACCUCUUCAUGAAGAAGCAUGCUCAGCACCUGUACAGACACAUCUACCUGUGCUGUAAGGAGCAGAGCAGUGUGCAGCCUCACUUUGAGAAGCUCUACUCACUCCUGGCUCUCAUUAGUAUGGAGCUGGCCAAUGAAGAGGUGGUGGUGGACAUGAUCCGUGUAGCUCUUGCUCUGCAGGACUUGGCCCUGAGCAGUGAGGAGACGUUGCCUGUGUAUAACCGCUGUGCUGUCCAUGCCUUGUCCGCUGCUUACCUCAAUCUCAUCAGCCAACUCACCACUGUACCAGCUUUCUGCCAGCAUGUCCAUGAGGUGAUUGAAAUGAGACAAAAAGACAUUCAUUACUUGUUGCCAGAGGAUGUCUUCAUUGAAAACCCAAAGAUUCCUAAGACACUGGAGAAGCUGGAGGGGGAUGUUUUGUUCCAGCAGGUUAAGAUCACAGAGGUUCUGGGAGGAAGUGGCUACAACACUGAACGACUGGCCACACCUUAUGUCCCACAGUUCACUGACGAGGACCGGCUGUCAAAGAGAAAGAGUAUUGGAGAAACAAUAUCUCUUCAAGUGGAAGUAGAGUCCAGAAACAGUCCAGAGAAAGAGGAGAGAACACCAGCUGAAGAAAUCACAUUUGAAACACUAAAAAACGCCAUCGUGGACAGUGUAGGUGUGGAGGAACAGGAGAAGGAGCGCAGGAGACAGGUAGUUGAGAAGUUCCAGAAGGCCCCCUUUGAGGAGAUAGCUGCUCACUGCGGUGCCAGAGCGACAAUGCUGCAGAGCAAACUUAAUCAAAUCUUUGAAAUCACAAUCAGGCCUCCUCCCAGUCCAUCUGGGACUAUCACAUCAAGUUACGGCCAAACCCAGAGUCGCUCUGUGCCUGUUUAUGAGAUGAAGUUCCCAGACUUGUGUGUUUACUAGUGCAGCUCAACUCAGGUAACAAACAGAGAAGCAGUAGAACCAUGUUUUAAUGUUUUUAAUGCAAGAAAACUGACAGAUCUCACCCCUCUUCUAUGGCGUGUGCAUCACUGCAGUCAUUUCCUUGUUUUCCUACAGUAUGUCUACACUGUGACUGCUGUAGACACCUCAUCUAACGUGAGAAAUUUGUAUAACUUUUAAUACCUAAUUUGGGUUAAUUCAGUUGGGUUCAUUUCUAAUUCCUUUACAGUGUGUUUUCCCUAUUUACAGAUUUAAUCAGGAUAUUCUUUAUGAUAUUCUGGUCCUCCAUAAUAAUACCACCUCAAAGACAUGUAUUUGAGCAAGUAUUGCAGAAAAAUCCUAGCUCAACACCAAACCUUUCAUGAACAUACACUUGUCAUAUUUCACUUCAAUACCAACAGAAAGAAUAAAGAAAUUAUACUUUGAAAAAUUAGAAAAUGAACCCUUGUUUAUGGACCAUUAAAAUACUUUCCAUUGUGCCAUGAUUUUCAUAAAUGUUUCAUCAUAUUUUCAAAUUUCCACUCCAAAUUCUCAUUACUGUAAUGGAGAAAAAAUCUCAUUCUCAUUACUGUAAUGCAAAGUUUCUACAUUCACGGUAGUAUCUGUAGUAAUGCUGUUAAUUUAUGCUGGUUUCAAUUAAAACAAGCAUGUUAUUACAGUCAAUUUAUAAUGUAAUACAGUAAAAAAAUUAAAAAAUGACCGUAUUACAGGAAUGAGAAUCACCACUGAAAGAGUUUACUCAAAAGUAAAAUGUCCAGACACACUGUGAUAAUGAGAAUUUGGGGGGUCAUUUCUCUUAAAUGUCAUGAAAAUAAUGUCAUAAUUUUAAAAUAAAUGGUCCUAAAAUAACGCUAAAGCAAUUCUUUGUUUUUCUUUGAUUUUAAAGUGAAAUGUGGCCUGGACAUGUUUACAUAAGAAUCAUCCUCAUACUUUUUAAAGUUUUAUAGUACCACAUGAAAAAAAAAAAUACCUUUGCGUCCUAUGAUAAAUUUGGACAAAUCAAUCAAAGCAUAUAAUUUUUACAAAUUUAAAUACAUUAGUAUAAGUGGACAGAUUGUCCAGUGAAUUGCACAAACCCUUCUCUCCAUAAAUAAUUUGUACUUUUUGGGGCUAAUUUUGGUUUCUAUUAGGUUGAGUUUUUGGUAAAUGUACUUUUUAUUGUUUUUUUUAAUCAUUGAUUGCUUUUUUUUUUUUUUUUUGUCACCCAGUGCAAUCUGUGUAGAUAUCUGUAGUUCAUUGUAUUGAGAAUAUUCAUCUCUAGCUCCAGAUAGCUGUAGGCGAUGUCUGCUCUGUGCUCUUGUUUACAUGCUAAACACUGUUGUAACUGACUGGAGUAAAGGAGCUCCCAUGCUGAAGGAAGUAUUUAAUUAGCACUUUUUACUAUUAUCAAAUUGUACUCAUUUGCUUAGCAUCUGUAACCUGUGAUGCUGUGCUUGUUUUUAUGUGCUUCCGAACAGUAUUUUUUUUUUUAUGCAAGCAUUCUCAAUGUGUAUAUAAAGUUACAUAAAAGAACUUUAUGAAUUUAUGUAAAUACCAAUUCUGAUUUAGGCUUGUUUAUUGGUUAGGUAAUUGUCUGAAUGAGCAUUUUGUGUGUGUAUUUCCACAUAAUUAUACCUUCAUUUUAAGUUGACCUGUGGCAGUUGUGUUUUUUGCUAUCUUGAGGGGUCAGACACAAAUAAAGAAAAACACCCAGCAGUUUUACCAUAUUUAGCUAGACACAAGUCUUGCAAUCCAUCAGGAGAGGCAGCAUCACCAUACAUCAGGCCCCUUGUCAGACUUAUUAUAUGAGGCUUUUAUGGUCCUCUAGCAGAAAUUUGUUUAGUGGUUGUGUACUGUAUGUUUAGGUCCUGUUACAGUAUGUGGGAGGGCUAUUUUUGUAUGCAUGUGGAUUUAUACAGUGCCAUAGUCUGAACUGCUGAGCUUUUUGUUGAAGGUUUUGUCAAUUUGCUAUUAUUUUUGUCAUCGGCUAGUUGAUGUAAAUGUUUUAAGUGUGACUUUUGAGGAAAAAAUAAUAAAGUUUUUUUUAAAGCAUAAAACGAGGUCUAGUGUAAAAAGCAGUUUCAGCAUUUAAUUUGGAAUUUUUAAUAUAUAUAUAUAAACAGAUUAUUUUUUUAAUUUUUAAAUUUUUGCCAUGAAUUCAUUAUUCAUUUAGAUUACAUAAGCAGAGCAAUAGAUAUUUUAAAUAUCCAACAAAAAUAACCAGAGAUACCUAAAAAGUAAAUGAUAUGAUGCAUGUAGCUGUCAGUAGUACCUUUACCCCAACAGAAGUAGAUGAAGUAUUGCUAAAUGCAUUUGCUAUAUGAUUAUUCCCUUUUUAAUCUGAUUUAAAGCACUUGCCCUGAUUAUAUCAAUAAAUACAGAAGUCCUGUAAGUGCUCAUUAGUUCAGUAGUGUGAGUACCUGUCACAUUACUUCAGCAGUGUAGUUCAGUUUUGUGUGAAGAGUAAUUUCUGGGCUGCGACAUGUCAGGGUUGGUCAUUUAUUAUAACGACUCUGCAAUUUAAGUGGUAUAAUCUAGCGUUAAUGAAGUUAUGGAAUGGUAUUGAAGUUUACUAAAUUAUGUCACAGUGUCUAUUUCUUUUUUUCAAGUAAUGGUCUGUCUGGAAUCUGGAUGAGCAUUCUCCCCAUCAAUAAAACAUGGCAAUGAUGUUUUUUUGUGUUAAAAACUGCAAAUAGACAAUAAAACAUUUUCAGUA